AUGUCCUAUGCCGUCAGACUCGCAAAACCAACGCUUCCAAUAUCACACCUUACUAUUCGACUGAAUGAAAAUAGAUCAUCAUUGAUCUUUGGGACAUCCUGGAAUAAAGAAUCUGCGUUUGAGGUUUUCUAUCGUGACAAGGGAAAAGAUACUUGGAUAAUGUAUGAGCCAUAUCAACCAAUUCGAAUCAAAAACCGAGAUUGUAUGGAUGUCUUGUGUGAUGAGAUGAAACAUAUUUUGGAGAAGAACCCAGAGAAAUUGAACGAAUUUAUCGUUGAACAGAUGGGGUUUGAUGAUGAACAUCUGAUGCGACUACAUGACCAAUUAGUAUCAAUUUCGAAAGUGAACCUAAUCACCGCCGGAAAAGUGCAGUUAGCUGUAAAAAAUAUACAACAAAUUCGAAACGUCCAUUCUUGUUUUGAUCAUCGAAAAUUACGCCAGCUUGAAUUUAAAUUCGUUGACGAUGAGUUCAAAACCCCUGUAACGACGUACAAAGAAAUGCUGGAGAUCGAUCAGUUGAAUUCGGUGGACUACUUGAGUGCGGAAUUCACAGUUGGAAGAGUUGCCCUUAAAGAUCUUCGUGAUAUGAAAAAUGUAAUUAGCGAGGCCCUGAACAAUUGCAAAGUUAUUUUCAAUAGUUCAAAUGCGAAAAGCAUCGACGACAGAGGAUUAGAUGAAUUAUUUGGACCUCGUAUUCAAGAACACAGUAGUUACGAUUGGCGAUGUGUUGAUGACAACAUUGAGUGCAAAAUCUAUGAUACAAGAAUUAUUAUUCAGCAGUCAAAAUGGAACAAAUCGGAUGAUCUCAAUAACACAAACAUGACAUCGCAUUUGGAUCACUUUUCAUUGGAGACAGAUCCAGGGGGAACAAAUAUGAGAGGCUUCGAAAUAUUAACAAACAAUUUAAUUAUGGGAGAUAUAUUACGCUAUGUCGGACAAAAUAAUAUACCUGUUGUGCACAACGUGUCGAGGCAAGUUCGAAAAUGGGCAGAACAUUUCAAACUGGACCCAAAAAUCGAAGUUAUCAAGAUUGAAAUGAAAUCUUCCGACUACCUCACAAUUGGCAUAUGGGAUAUCUCAAGUUAUCGAAUCAGUAGCUAGCUAUCAAACUGUGUACCGCAACUGGUUCGAAAGGUUUUGGAGUGACGGAGAGUCUCUGGAUAUGAAUGACGAAUUGAAUUAUCCUUCAUAUGAAUAUUAUUACCAUCCCACUGAAGGCUCGACAUUUUAUCCGGACCCUUUUGCAAUCAAAGAAUAUUCGAAAGAAGAAUUUCGCCAGUGGUUUGGAAAUAGGCGAUCGAGCUUUUCUACAGAUUUUUUGCGACUCAAUCUAGUCAAUCAAAAAUCACCAAUUGAAAACUUCAAGAUAAUGCUCCCUCAGUUUUCUGACGAUACUUUUCUUUAUGAAUUCGAGUAUAUGAAAUGGUCUGAGGUUCCGAAGUACAUGAAGUUUCUAAACCUCCAAAAAGAUCGUCAAACUUGUGAGCAAUGUCGGAACACCAAUGAAGAACGUCCCUUGGGAAGUUGUGUGAAGCAUCAAAACGAGUUCCGUGAGCUCGUGCAAGAGUACCAAGGAAUUGGAAACUAUCAGAUGGAGUUGAACAAACAAAGUGAUUACGUAGAAAGAGUUUAUCUAUUCUUCAAUUACCUCGAUGGCAUUCUGAAGUCUCUUGGCCGUCUGAUAUCUACCAAAGCAUUGAGCAUGCAAGCAUGUAAUCAAAAGACGGUGAUGACCAUCUUACCAUAUUUGAAUUGGCUCUCGUUGAAAACUAUUUGUAUUCAAAAAAUCGUCAAUGAUAAUAGUGAUACCCCUUGCUCCUGGAUUGAACCAUUAGAAAUCGAUGAAAUCUGCCAGUCGAAGCAGUGGAAAAAUGCACGUUUCAUUGAAAUAGAACACACAAUUGCUCCCACUGACAUGAAAAACUUUGGACAUUUCUCCGAGGUUAAUGUGAAACUAACAUGGAAGGGAUUGCUCAUUUGAAAACUGUCAGUUUCAAACUUUAAUUGGGGGUUUGUUUCAAAAAUAUACGUUCAGGACUUUCUUCUUUCGCACAACUUUGAGAAAUUUGUGGCAUCAUUUGAGUCCAGCGAUAUUGGGGAAGAACUCUACAAAAUACAAUUUCUGGGACAGCCAUUUUGGAGAUCAAAACCUUCAAGCAAUCAUCCAAGCGUGUGGUUUUUCGAGUAUCCAGAAACCAACCACUGUCUCCACAUUAGGUACUAUGAAGUGUUACAAAGAAUAGUCUUCACUCGAGUUAAAUCAUCACCAUUAUCCGAUUAA